CGGAAGUGUGAAGCGUGAAGCAACCAACACCUUUUAAAACACAAGAAGAACCAACCCAAUACGCAUCACAAAAGAAAGAAAGAACCCUAAAUUCCAGGAAACUUUUCAAAAACCAAAACUUCAAGCAAUCAAAACUCAAAAAUUGGGUUUUUUAAAAAAUUUUAUUUCUUUCAUAAAGUUACAAGUUUUUAUUUAUUUAUUGUGGUUUCAGUAUACGAACACGCAAGAAAUCGCGUGAGGAUUUUGGUUCCAAGGGGCUUCUCUGUAUUUAGGGCUGUUUUGUUUCCGUCUUAAUUUCUGUAAAAAAUUGAAGCUUUGAUUUGGUUUCAAAGAGAGCAGAGAUGUGUAGUUUGUCAGCGAAUCUGUUGUUACCAACGAAGCUGAAACCAGCUUAUUCAGACAAACGGAGUAACAGUAGCAAUAGCAGCUCACUCUUCUUCGGCAAUAGAAGAUCCAAGAAGAAGAAUCAAUCCAUUGCUCCCGUUGCGAGGUUGUUUGGACCGGCGAUAUUCGAAUCAUCCAAAUUGAAAGUAUUGUUUUUAGGGGUUGAUGAGAAGAAGCAUCCAUCAACGCUCCCUAGAACUUACACUCUCACCCACAGUGACAUUACAGCUAAAUUAACAUUAGCCAUUUCCCACUCCAUAAACAAUUCUCAGUUGCAAGGAUGGGCAAAUAGGCUAUACAGAGAUGAAGUAGUGGCAGAAUGGAAGAAAGUUAAAGGGCAAAUGUCGCUUCACGUUCAUUGUCACAUAAGCGGUGGCCAUUUCCUUUUAGAUCUCUUUGCUAAGUUUCGGUACUACAUCUUUUGCAAAGAACUACCAGUGGUGUUGAAAGCAUUUGUGCAUGGAGAUGGGAACUUGUUGAACAAUUACCCUGAGUUACAAGAAGCUCCCGUUUGGGUUUAUUUCCAUUCUAAUGUCAAUGAGUUCAACAAAGUUGAGUGUUGGGGUCCCCUUUGGGAAGCUACUUCACCUGAUGUUCACAGAACUGAAAUUCUCCCCCAGACUAAAUGCGUGGACGAGUGCAGUUGUUGUUUUCCACCGGUUAGCUCGAUUCCAUGGUCUCAUAGUCUUAGUAACGAAGGUGUUAAUGGGUACUCUGGGGCACAGGCUGAGGGAAUUGCUACUCCUAAUCCGGAGAAACUCUAGUGACUUUAAUAUGGAAGUACUAAGUUUUUCUUUUUUGGUUUCUGGUAGUUUGUAAAGUAAAAAAGGGAAAUGGAAGAUUCCUCUUGGUGGAUUUAGUAUUUAUUGGUUUGGUGUAGAUAAUGUGGUAUAGGAAAAAUAAUAAUUGUUUGUAGGUAAAAAUAAUAGUACAAAAUUAAGUUAAAAAAUAUGUUUUUGUUGGUUGUGUCUACUACUCUCGAGUCUUGACCAUCAUUGUAGCAUCAUCUCUCAUCAACACAAGAUCAAAAUGUAAAAUCUGCCACAGAUUAGGUAUUA